AUGACGUUUAACAUUGACCCUAGAAAUUUAUCACAACAGGAAAAGGCAAGAGAAUCGGGUUCCACACUUGCUGUGAGUUUCUUCAAAAACAAGCUGUCCAGUGACUUGGGUUUUCCCGUCUGGCCUCAGCCAAGGGCAGGUCUUGUUCUUCCUGACCUCGGUCAACUUUGCCCCGAGCUUUGUGGCGAGGACAUGUGUCAAAGGCAUGAGCUCUGGGGUUUCGUCAGUGGCGUAACCGAACAUGUGGCCUUGAUCUCCAGCACCAAUUUCCUCAGGCUUCUUGGUGAGAUGGCCAUGGACUCCUUGAGCAAUGUCGGGGGACUGCUGCUCGAUGUUGACGAGGACUUUGCAGUUGUCGGCAUCGAGGCCGACGUCUGGGGAAAUGAAGCCGAUGCCUCUGCAAGUGUCUCGGACGAUUUUUUCGUAGUCGACUUGAGCUUUGGUUGUGAUCUCGCCGAAUACCAUGACCAUGUUUGUCUUGGUGCAGGUCUCGCACGCGACCUUGCUCUCAGGGUCUUGUUCGAGGCAGGCGUCGAGGAUGGCGUCAGAGACCUGGUCACAGAGCUUGUCUGGGUGGCCUUCGUUCACGGAUUCGGAGGUGAAGAGGAAAGUGUCCAUUUUUCGUAUCUGGAAAUGGAGUUGUUAUGUAUGAAAUCAAAACCCAAUCAUAAGCAGACCAAAACAAUACGAAAAAAGAAUAUCAAAUCAUGGAUCCUUAGAAAAACAAAACCACCAUUACCAGAUCUAAAACAUCAAAACAAGAGAAAAACAAAUUCUAAGUCAUCGUCCCUACCUUCUCGUAGAGACAAGCCCUUAGAUCUGCGGAGCGAAAAUGGAAUAGACGAAGAGAGAAGGAGAGCAAGGCACAGAUUAUCUUCACCUCAGACCCGCAUAUAUAUAGAGACGGAUCCGAACGACUCGCUCUCGAUGGUGGGCCCAAAAAAAGCGAGAUGCUGCCAGCUGGCGGUUGAAGGGUUGAUCAACGGUGUAGAUGCUUUGAGCUUGUAA